AUGUCUGGCAGAGAAUACUACGAAGGUGGCUCCGGAGGCGGCGAGCGUCGUGGGGACAAUAACUAUGGCUCUGGCCAGCAACAGCAAGGUGGAUAUGGCGGGCAGCAACAACAAGGUGGAUAUGGGGGGCAGCAACAGCAAGGCGGAUAUGGCGGGCAGCAAGAGCAGCAACACGGAGGAGGUAACCAAGGAUACGGAGGAGGAGGCAAUAUGCCUCAAGGAGGAGGCUACGGCGGCGGUGGUGGUUAUGGCUCAAGCCAAAACGAUGAUCUCCAAGGAGCUGCCCACCACGCUCAACAAGGUGCUGGAGACUCUGGCGACUCGUCGCUAUUCUCUAGCAUCCUGAGCAGCUUGUCUGGAAACAAGCAUAAUAUUGAACAGGAACCUGUUGAUGAGCAGGAAGCCGUAGACGCACACAAAUCCUUCUUUGGCAGUUCUUCUACACCCCAGGCUGCAUCAUCUUCCUCCAUGGGAUCCGCUGCCGCCAUGCAAGCCCUCAAGAUGUUCAGCGGUGGGAAGACCGAGAACACGCAGUCCGGCAACUCGCAAAAUGCUUUUGUGGGUAUGGCGAUGGCCCAAGCCAGUAAACUGUUUGACAGCCAGCAGUCGCAGGGCAAGGUCGAGAGCGGGGCGAGUAAGGAGACUGCUGUGCAGAAGGCCGGCGAGAUGGCGCUUAAGCUGUAUAUGCAGAGCCAGGGGAAGAGUCAGAGUGGUGGCAUGAGUAGUUUGAUGGGGUUAGCUAGUAAGUUCAUGUGA